GUUGCCUGUGAUUUACUUCGGAGAAUUAUACGCAUCUUGUACCUCAGUAAGAGACUCCAAGGACAACUGCAAGGGGGAAGCAGAGAGAUAACAAAAGCCGCUCAGAGUCUCAAUGAACUUGGAAAGCUACAAGAAGAUGAGUUAGCAUCUUGGCAGUCUCCAGUUCCCUGUGAUUAUCUUUCUCAAGGAAUAGAUCUUUCUGGAAUAGAAGUAAUUGAAAAUGAUCUACUUUUUAUUGCAAGAGCUCGACUUGAAGUGGAAAAUCAAGCUAAGCGCCUGCUAGAGCAGGGAGUGGAGACUCAGAAUCCAACUCAAGUCGGAACAGCUCUUCAGGUUUUCCAUAAUCUUGGAACUUUAAAGGAUACUAUUGCCAGUGUCGUGGAAGGAUAUUGUGCUACAUUAGAAGAAAAUAUCCACAGUGCAUUAGACAUCAAAGCUUUGACUCAGCCUUCCCAGUCAGCUGUGAGAGCAGGGGGUCCUGGACGAUCUACCAUGCCAACCCCAGGAAAUACUGCAGCUUUUCGUGCUUCCCUCUGGACCAAUAUGGAGAAACUUAUGGAUCUUAUUUGUGCUGCUUGUGGACAGGUACAACAUCUACAAAAAGUAUUAGCAAAGAAGAGAGAUCCUGUUUCUCACAUUUGUUUCAUUGAAGAAAUAGUUAAGGAUGGACAACCUGAAAUUUUAUACACAUUUUGGAAUUCAGUUACUCAGGCACUUUCUUCUCAAUUUCAUGUGGCAACAAACUCUUCUAUGUUUUUGAAACAGGCCUUUGAAGGAGAAUACCCUAAAUUAUUACGUCUUUAUAAUGACUUAUGGAAGCGUCUUCAACAGUAUAGUCAAAAUAUCCAAGGAACUUUUAAUGCAAGUGGAACUGCUGAUCUCUAUGGUGACCUGCAACACAUGGAAGAUGAUACACAAGACACAUUCAUUCCAAAAAAGCCAGAUUAUGAUCCAGAAAAGGCUUUGAAAGACUCGCUGCAACCCUACGAGGCUGCUUAUCUCUCAAAAUCCUUGUCUCGACUCUUUGAUCCUAUCAACUUGGUUUUUCCCCCUGGUGGGCGUAAUGCUCCUUCCUCUGAUGAACUGGAUGGUAUCAUUAAAACUAUAGCAAGUGAACUAAACGUAGCUGCUGUUGAUGCAAACCUCACAUUAGCUGUGUCAAAAAAUGUGGCAAAGACCAUCCACUUAUACAGUGUAAAAUCAGAGCAGCUUCUCUCUACACAAGGAGAUGCAAGUCAGGUGAUUGGGCCUCUUACUGAAGGACAGAAAAGAAAUGUGGCAGUAGUGAAUUCACUGUAUAAGUUGCACGUUUCACUAUCAAAGGUGGUUUCCAGUCAGAGUUCAUUCCCAUCAGCAGCUGAGCAAACUAUAACUUCAGCCCUAAAGACAAUUUAUGCUCUUAUGGGGAAUGCAGUGCAGCCCUUACUGACUUCGGUGGGAGAUGCGAUAGAGGCCAUAAUCAUCACCAUGCAUCAAGAAGAUUUUUCUGGGUCAUUAUCCAACUUAGGAAAGCCUGAUGUUCCUUGUUCUCUGUACAUGAAGGAGCUACAAGGUUUCAUUGCUAGAGUUAUGAAUGACUACUUUAAACACUUUGAAUGCUCAGAUUUUGUCUUUGACAGCACUGAAGAUAUUGCACAAAGAGCAAUUGAACUUUUUAUUCGCAAUGCCAGUCUCAUAAGGCCUCUUGGUGAAAGCGGGAAAAUGCGACUUGCUGCUGAUUUUGCACAGAUGGAGUUAGCUGUGGGUCCAUUUUGCAGGCGAGUGUCUGACUUAGGAAAGUCCUAUCGAAUGCUGAGGUCAUUCAGACCACUGCUCUUCCAGACAAGCGAACAUGUGGCCAAUAGUCCAGCACUGGGGGAUAUUAUUCCAUACAGCGUUGUUAUUCAGUUUUUGUUCACGAGAGCACCUGCCGAGCUGAAAUCCCCCUUCCAGAGGGCAGAGUGGUCCCAUGCGCGCUUCUCCCAGUGGCUGGAUGAUCAUCCCUCUGAAAAGGACAGGCUCCUCCUCAUCAGGGGAGCCCUGGAAGCUUAUGUUCAAUCAGUGAGAAGUAGAGAAGGCAAAGAAUUUGCACCAGUUUAUCCCAUAAUGGUUCAGUUGCUUCAAAAAGCUAUGUCUGCUUUUCAGUGAGAAUGUGAAAUCUUUAAUCUCCACAUGGCUCCAACCCAUUCAAAGUUGGCAGUUAAUAAGACAUACUCUAAAAGACAGCUAACAAUCCAGUAUUUGAGAUUGUAGUUGAUUUUCCUGUAUUUCUUACUGAUCUUUAUCUCUUUAUCACUUCUACUUUAAAAUGUCAAAAUAGAUUCACAACUUGUUAAAGUCCAUGGACUUGACUUGAUUCUUGCAAAAGACAUCGAAGUUUUUUCUCCCUUUUCAGAUUUUUAUACAGCAAACUAAAAUUUCUUUUCUAUCAUGUUACUGAUUUUCUGAUCAUUAAAAAAUCCCCACUGCUUUUCAGGUGAUAUGAUCCAGGUGCCCUGUUCCUCAACCUGCCUUCUUCACAAAGUUCAGCCCUGUGGUUCCCAAAUUUGGCUACACAUUCACUUCACCACGAAGCUUUUAAAAAGUCUAUGCCCAAGUUGCACCCUACUAAUUAUAAUUAGCACAUCUGGGAGUUAAGCCAGGCGUUUUAAAAGAUACACAUCCCCAAAGUGAUUCCAGUAUUGAAGUUAAGUAACAACUGGCAUAUCUCAAAGCUUAGGUAUAUGUUCUUUAAAUGAAACAAGGUUUCUUUAUACUUUGUCAUUUUAUUGAAAGCAAGACACUGGGGGCUUUGGGACAAAGCCAAAAUUUUUUCUUCUACAAAAGAUUCUCUAUAAGUAAUAAUCUAAGUCCUUAUUUUUCUGUUGCCCUUGCCCCAUUAUUAACA